AUGAAACGUGAUGGGGUAAAUUCAACCCUUUCGGUAGAGAUCACUAUAGAUGUAUUUGAACAAUGCAGUGAUGUGGUAUUACGUAAAUGUCGAGAAAGUAACCAUCGUGUCGCCAUACCGAAGUUUCUUCAGCGGUUAAUUUCUACGUUAAUGAAAGACGUCCCUAACUUACCUACUUCCACCAUGGUACGACUUGUUGAUCUUGGAUCAAAGAUUGAUAAUUUUAAACUUGCGUGGCAGAGUUUGGUUUAUCGGUUAGGUGAACAAAUCCCAACUGAUUUAAGUUGUGCUAUGAUUGACUAUUAUGCACAGAGAAGUGUACCAUUAUUGGAAACAUUUGAAGAAAUUGCUUUACUUGGAGAAAUCCGACCCAUAUUAUUGAAUGAUGGAGUUAUUGAAAGAGUCAACUUGUAUAUAGAAGCAUUAUUUAAAGAUACUCCUCCUGUCACGCAUUGUUAUGAAAAUUUAGAAUAUCACAUGGAUAGAAUCCAAAUGAUGGUGAAUAAUUUAGCCAAGGGUUUACAAUUUGAAUUGGUAACUAUUGAAUCGGUAAUUAAACUAUUGAAAUUAGUAAGUGAAUUGGCAAGUGUUAAUGAGCAGGAGCAAAGUCUUGUUCAUGUGGAAAGGGUUUUAAAGUACCUUAGUGAAGAUAAGUUAGAUAAAGUUAAUGAAGUGAUUUUCCAUGAAUCAGUUGAUGAUGAAUCCUUAGUGGAAACCUUGUUGUUUAACUCGUGGUCAUUAUCUUAUAACACAUUGGCACGAUCAAUUACAAAGUUUGUAUUGACUAACCCAGUAAAAUUUUCACCGAUUUUACAAUUCCAGGCUCAAGUGUACUCACAGUUGUCCGACUCGCAAUCAGAAGAGACUUGUGUGGAAAAGGUUUCUGAACUUUUAGACUUAUUUGAAGAAGAUAUCGACUUUGUAGAAUGCUAUACACGUAUAAUCCAGACUCUGAUGGCAUUCAAUAUAUCACCAAAUGGAGAGUUUAUUAGAUUACUCACUACCCAUUUUCACAAUAACUACCAUACCCAACCACUGAUUGAAUCGUUUAAAUAUAGAAUUGACAAAGCAAUCAAAAUCAAAGACCAUGUACAAGCGAUCAACAUAUUUGAAGACUCACUUGAAAAUAAUUCGUGGACAGAACACAUAUCCGACCCCACGAUUUUCAAAACCUUGAAUGAUUUAAUCGUGCUUAUAUGUUCUCAAAUGGAGGAUGUGUACAUGGUCUUCCCGAUUUUCCAAAAGAUAAAAGCACAAUUACAAACCCAAGUCAAUAUCGAUGCCAUAAACGCCAUGGUCACAAAAAUGAUCCAGGCUAAACUUAUCGGUGAUGCUCUAGAAUUACUCUCUCGAGAAUUGCCCAAGAUUGCUAAAACAUCAGAAACAAGAAUCGCACUUGUACAACCAUACGCUUACAAGUAUCGACAAUUAUUUAACAAGUUCCACAACUACGUUAUUAAUCACAAUGAUGAUGGAACCUCCCUCGAUAUGAACUGGUUCGUAUACAUUCGCUUGCAUGACUACUUCUACGUGCCAUAUGAGUGCAUUCUCCCAACCAUGAAAUUCUUCUGUGAAAAUGAAAGACUUAAUGCGGCAUUGGUUAUCUUCCGCAAGACCAACGAGUUACAUAAACAGUUGCAACAUGCACCACCACUGCAUGAAAUGUAUCGCUACUUGUUCAGUCAAUUUGGGAACAACUUAUACGAACAAGGUGUUCAUGAGCUCCAUGAGUGUCUCAAGAUGGACACGGCAUUUGUCAACCCACACGAUAACUUAUUGGACAAUACUAUCCUUAACGCCUAUGCCAACCUCCAGGACACAAACCGUUGUCGUCGACUCUUUCUUUCCAUGAGUGCCAAACCGAAGGAACUUGGUGGUGUCAAUGAGGAAUCUGCCGUGAUCAUGAUCAAGGCGUACACUUACAGCGACUUGAGCUACGUCGAGCUGUUUUUCAAUAAUUUAUCCAGUUUUGGGAUUGUUCCCGAUAAGGACAUAUUCAAACAGUAUUUGAUCGCUCAUGUGUAUCAUGGCAGAGCAGACUUGGCGAUUGAGCAGGCUGACGCGGUACAUGAUUAUGAUUUGGAAAUUGAUGGCGAUAUGUUGGUGGGUAUGUAUAACUAUUGUGUUGGUAAAGAAGGGCAGAAAUUGAUUGAGACAUGGGCUGAGGAGAAGUAUCCGAGUGAAUGGAAUAAGGUGAAGCUGUUGUGUGUGGAGAGUGAUGGGUACGAAAAGGAAAUUACUAGUGGUAUAGCUAGCGAUAAGCAAAUUAGUGAUUAG